AUGCCGAAUAUCCUAAUGAAGAAAAUAAUUACUUGCUAUUAAAAAAAUUACUUGAAAGUUAUGGAAGCCUUUUAAGGGCAUCCAUGGUUUUAGAAGCCAAUAAAUUUAUCUCUAAUAAAUUACGGACCAGAAAUCUAUAUUCUUUUUUUGCGAAAGGGGCUAGGCUAUAUUAGAUUAACAUAGUAAUAUUUUCCAUAAAAUAUUUCCAAAUUAAACACUUUCAAAAUUGGCUUAAGAGCUACUAAAUUAUUUGACGUCCCAAUAAUCAAGUUAAGAUUUUAUGAAUAAUAAAAUAAAUUGCCCUUUCAGAAGAUUUACAAUCUAUUAGUAUUCUUAUCAGAAAUUUCUCCACAAAAUAUUUUAGGAUAUUUAAUCAUGGUCAAUAAAAGUUAGAAUAUUUCCCUCACUGCAGUAAAAUGGACUAUUUAUGCCAUUUUUAACCUAUUUUAAAAAAUAGACUAAUCCCAAUUUUAAAAAGUGGAAAAAUGCAUUUGGUAGCUCUUUAUAAAUUAAUGUUAUGAUUUCCCAUUUAUUUUUCGUUGUUUAAAAAAUAAAGUUCAUUUUUCAAAAAUAAAUAAAUUUGUUUAAUUGCAAUAUUAUUUAUGUAAAAACUUAGAGAAUAAAUUGUUAUAAUUAACUGAAGAAUUAUUUUAACAGGAUGAAUAGUUAUAUGAAGAAUGGUUCAGAAUUUUAAAACCAUCAUAUGUAAUGCUUUCGAUUGAGUAUUUAAGAAUUAAAACAAGUCAAUAAUAUUAUCCAAAAUAAAUGAAUAUUCCUUUAGAGGACUUUAACAUAUCAUUGUCAGAAUACUCUGAAUAGAAAUAAAAAUAGAUUCUUGAGAACUGGAUUGAAGAUAUGACAGAUGCAUAAAAAUUUAAGUUAACACUGCCAUUACUUUUUAAUAUAAUUAAAAGAGGAGAAUCACCUAAAGAUGUAUUAAUUUUGGCCAAUAAAAUUUUAUAAUUAAAUAGGUAGUUAGCAGAUAGAAUCGGAUGUUUCAAUAUAAAAUCCGUAUUUCAGAUCUUUUUCAAUAAUGCAAAUGAUGAAUUAAGGCUAAUAAUAAUGAAAUUUUUUUCAAAGGAAUUUCCAAUCCCUUUCCUAUAUUAAAAUCCCAUUUUGGAUAAGCUCAAGUUUAAAACAGAAUUAUUGCUUUUAAAUAGCAAUUUAUUUUAUUUUUUUGAUUAAGGUUAUACUAUAAUUAACAUGUCUUUAAGUGAGAAUCAAAAAAAAAUAGGUAAAACAGAACUUAUAAACGACAUCUUUUAUGAAAGAGAAAAGUUUGAAACUAGUGACACUUGUUAAAUGAAUUCCAAUACGAUUGAUAUUAUGUUUGAUUUUGAAUUCAACAAUUCAAGAAACUUUAUUGUGGCUGAUGUUCAUGGAAAGAUUAUUUUUGAAACCUUAAUAAAAAUACUUCCAUUUUUCAAAUUUUGGAUAGUUUAAAUAGAUUCUUCUAGAGAACUAUAAGAAAAUUUAGAUUAAUUGAUAAAAAUCUUAUAGCAAAUUGAUUAACAAUCAAAAUAUAAUUUUAAAAUUUGCAUUAUUGUAAGAAAUACAGAAGAGAAAGACUAAAUCAACAAACCACCAAGCACUUUAAAAAUAGAAGGUCAGGACAUUUAAAUUUAUUUAUAUUCGUAAUCAAGCUAUGCAAAUCUAAAUAAACAAGUAAUUUAAAAUAAGUUAAACUUAAGAUGUUUCUAAUUUUUUGUUUGA